CUGAUACAAAUCCACCUCACAGCCUGCUUGGAUGUGCAUCAACAGGCACUUUACCAAGAUAUCCGACUCUACCCAAGUUGCAACAAUGCCAUCCAUCUGUCUAUCUUUUCAUCUCACCCAUCUGUCUGUAGUCAUAGUGACCGUUGUAGCCUGUACAGUUGCAUAUCGAGGGAAAAUAAAACUGCAACUUUGGCCGGCUCUUACCCCACCCACCAUGUCCAGCGUAACAUCACCUAGUGGUACUGGUAGUACUAGUGUUAGUGUAGACCAGUCACAAGUAUCAACAACAAUUUUUGGUACAAACACUGUACAAGUCACUCACCUCGAUGAUACCUCAAUGGCAUUGGUUACUGUUCCGUCCGGGAUAGUUGCAAGUACUUCAAUUUCUAUAAUCAGGUCCCAGGUUACUAGUUCCGUUCAACUACAACCCACUUCCAGUAGCACAUCUACUUUCUCCUCCUUUGUCUCCAGCUUCAGCACCAAUUCCAACCCUGACUCUAACACCAUCAUCACUCCCACCACCACCUUCUCCUCCUCUAUCUCAUCAUCAAGUGACUCCGAUUCCCACAUCGGUGCAAUAAUCGGCGGGGCCGUCGGUGGCUUAAUCGCGCUCAAUAUUGCUAUCAUUGCUCUGGUGCUGAUUUAUCGCUUGAAGAGAAGGUCCAAACAGCAGUUUGUAGAAGCAUUUGAUCUAAAUGGGAAUUUCGAGCCCAAUAGGCCUAGCCGGAAGAGCACAAGAGAUGAGAUAAGUACUAGGGCUGGUGAACACUUAGCUGUAACUGAGAUGAGCGCUGGUGCGCAACCCAGAGGCGUCACUUCGUAUCCAUUUUCAAGUUCGACUCCGGCACCUCCUGUGAUGACGGCUCUAGAUGGAGGAGCAGCUGAUAUACAUGGCGAAACGUCUGCGGAGGGUGAAUUUGGUGGAAGGAGUACUAGGAAUGUUUUCAUCCAUCAAGAUGGGGGGAGAAUCGAGCUGGCUUCACAAGAUAGAUUGGAAGAGGGGGAACAGGAGGAAAUUCCGCCUACAUAUGAGAGUUUAAUACGUUCGAUUCGGUCUGGUGGAUUCUGGAGUCGGAGAAGUGAAAUUGGAAGUCGUGUGAGCAGUGGACGCGGUGCAAGUAGGAAUGAGAAUGAGACUGGACGAAGCGGGCCGGGGAAGUAAUCGAAAUGGCAUUCUCAAUCUCGAUUAACUCCUUUCCUGCUACACUUUCCAUCUUCAAACUUUUUUUUGACCGCUGUUUCAUAUAC